CUUAGUAUCAUUAUUGUUAACACGUGUGUCUGUCAAACGACGUACUUGUAGCUAAAUUAAUACCAUAUUACUUUUUUUAAAAAACGUUUCACUGUUAUGAAGUCAUAGUAAAUAAUACUUAAAAGUGUCACACGGCAACUGGAGACGAAUGGAGUAACAUUAGCUUCCCGAUAAGCUAAGUCCACACAAAGAACUGCUUCCUGUGUCGCCAUGGCUGAUGCGUUCAGUGGCAACUCGGAGACGGUAAUGCGGCGUCAGGUUGACGUCCAAGUGAAGAGUACCACUCCUCUGGAAAAGCUCGAUGAGUUCUAUCAGAUCAAUAAGACCUGCGACUUCAUUUCUCAGAAUCACUUUGAGAAGGUAGCCCUGCAGUUUCCUGAUGACCUCCUGCACGAUUCCACUUCAGUUGCAGCUGAGAUUGAGAGAAUAACUAAAACGAAAGUAUUCGUUCUAGGAGAUACAUCCUACGGCAGUUGCUGUGUGGACGAGGUGGCAGCGGAGCACGUUGGAGCCGACUGCAUGGUGCACUACGGCCGGGCCUGCCUCAGCCCUUCCAAGAGGUUGCCGCUCAUGUACAUCUUUGACAGAGGACACAUCGACGUGGAGAAGUGCACCUCGGCCUUCAGAGAACUGUACCCUGACACGCAAGCCUACGUACUGCUACUCUAUGAUGUCAGAUACACACACGCCAUUGAUGGCGUUGUGACGAUGUUGGGUGGAGACUAUCCAAACCUUGUCACGUCACAACUUGCCGUGGAAGGCGAGCUGUGUUACGGCCUGAAUAAAAGAGAACCAGACCAAGAACAGGACGGCAAUCAGCUUUGUCACUUUGGACGGCAGUUCUGCCUGAAGAGUGGCCUGACCAUUAAGGACUACGGCGUGUUCUACAUCGGCCAAGAAGGAGCCACCCUACGGAACUUCAUGAUGACCUGGAACCGCUGCUGCUUCUCCUCCUUUGACCCCGCCACGUCGACGGGGAGGACCGAGUCGGCCGGCGUCAACCGCAUGCUGAUGAAGCGCUACUACGCUAUAGAGAGGGCAAAGGAUGCCAACGUGGUGGGCAUCCUGGUGGGCACGCUGGGCGUGGCCAAGUACCUGUCCAUAAUCCAGCAGCUGAAGGAGACCAUCCGCAAGGCGGGCAAGAAGACUUACAUGUUCGCCAUGGGGAAGCUCAACGUGGCCAAGCUAGCCAACUUCCUGGAAAUUGACAUUUUUGUUUUAAUCGCUUGUCCCGAGAACUCGCUGUUGGACUCCGGUGAGUUUUACCGACCCGUGGUGACGCCGUUCGAGAUGGAAGUGGCCUGCAACAGGAACAGGGAGUGGUCUGAGGAGUACGUCACAGACUUUCGACAUCUUUUACCAGGUGGGCAAAGCCACGUGCCUUUGGCGGAGGGUCAAGAGGACUGCGACCAGACGGACGUAUCUUUAAUCACAGGAGCUCUGAGGAACUACAAGCUGGACCCAGAACCUGUCAACUCACAAAGCUCCUCAGUGGUCCUCAGGAACCAGACGCUGACUGUGGCCAACCCCAACUCAGCAGCAUCGUUUCUGGCCCAUCGGAGUUGGCGUGGCUUAGAGCAGAAGUUGGGGGAGACGCCUGUGCUGAAGGCUGUGCAAGGCAGGAGAGGCAUCGCCAUCGCCUAUGAAGAAGAAGGAGCAGUUCCACGAUAAAACAAUCAAUGUGAUUCUAUCCCCUUGAGUAAAACUCAGAUCUUCAGGAUUGGACGACUCAUAAGAAUGAAGUGCCACCAAAGUCAUCUCAGUGUUGUGUGUCCUUGCAGCAGUAAGCUACACAGCAAGUAUACACACACACACAAACAAUGCUGUAUUUAAAGUACAGUGGAACCCGUUUGUCGACCCAACUCCAGUCCUGCUCCGCCGUGUUUUUCUUACUGCUAAAAGUACCCGCUUAAGCUGACAUCCACAUAAAAUUUGAGACCCAAAGGGGUCAUCAAAUCAGUCCGCUUAGACCAGGGGUCUCAAACUCACGACCUGCAGACCCAUGUUUUGUGAGUUACUCAGUGACCUUGACACAAAGUAGUAGUUGUGGUUGCGCUAACAAUUAUGUUAACUCUAAACACUUGACAUUUAGCAACUUUUACAAAAUAAGUACCACACCGCAUGCCUUAACUUACUGCAUUAUGUGCCAGAUAUUUAAAAGGUUUUACCUUUCCCGCUAACUAAUUAUAUUAUGUGAAGCAAUAAUUCUGUUACUUUUUUUACUCAUUUGCCCAAGACUGUAUGAAAGCAGGGUCCAGCACAGUCAAAGCUAUUUUGGCUUGAGUUAGCCAAUCCAAGGGAUGUCGACGUAAGCGGGUUCCACUGUAUUUUUGUAGGAGCAUGCGGAGUCCCAUAAGGUGUACUCACGUCUCUGGUGUGACACCACAAGGUGAGGCGCCUGCUGCCAGCAUGACUCCACACACUCGCCAUGUCGGUGUCUUCAUCGAUGGCACUUUCUGCAUCUGAAGUCAAACUGUAAAGAACUUCCGUUAGUACUCCCGUAGG